CGGCCCACUCCGGGUCAGACACAGCAGAGCCGGUUUGUCCCAAGUCCCGCAGACUUCAGCGAGGGUGCUGAAGUAGUCGCAUAUGGAUUUUCUGAGCUCCGCUGAAGAGUUGGCGAAAGUUUCUCCAUGCUUUUGAGGCAACAAACCUAGUGUCCCCUCGAUUCACGGGGCGGAGCUGGAGCCGUUCCUCACCAUGACUCCCUGUCCAGAGGUGAAACAUUGACCCUCCAUGUUUGAGGAGCCUUCAAUUUGUCUCAGCUGUUUGUCCUGCAUACGCCUUCUGAGAUUGGGUUUGAGGAGAUCCAAGCAUGAACGCUAGGGCCGACCCAAGAACAGCAUAACUGGUGUGGUUUUAACGGCACUGGAAUGAAGCAAGCAUUGCAUCAAUCCUACACCUCUACUGUACCCUUUACUCUGGAUGCCACCCUGUGUGUGAACAAUUGGCCACUUGGAUUGGUGCAAGUUCCUGCACCAUAAUACAAUUACCUCUAACGAAUGGACUGGUGGACUAUAAAUAACUACAGUGUUUUGAUCUCAAUGUUCAGCUAACAAAAAUGGACUGAAGGCCUCUUAACAAAUGUAAUGAGAGUUGAUGGAAGUAACUGAAGCUUUAAAUCUUGAAGACAGUACCAGUGAGCAGAAGGUCAUGCCUUCCAGUGGACAUGCCAGAUCCACAUUACUCCCUGUUGUCAAUGAGACCUCCAAGUCUAAUAAUGUACCAAAUGGCAUCAGGAAAGGCCAAAGGAAUGCAAGAGAGUUUAUCCAGAUCUCUGUACCAGACACAAAUCGAAAAUUCCUAACAGAGUGGUGGAAGACGGGUAUUGCCUUUACUUAUGCACUUUUCAACUUGAUAAUGACAAGUGUUAUGAUCACUGUUGUACAUGAGAGAGUCCCUCCUAAGGAAAAGAACCCUCCCCUACCUGAUACUUUCUUCGACUACGUGAACCGGGUUGAGUGGGCUUUCAAGAUUUCUGAAGUCAAUGGGAUGAUCCUGGUUGGUCUUUGGACAAUUCAGUGGCUACUCCUUCGAUACCGGUCAAUUGUGGGACGUAGGUUCUUCUUCAUAAUGGGAACCCUGUACCUUUACAGGUGUAUCACAAUGUACAUCACAACUCUACCUGUGCCUGGAAUGCAUUUCCGCUGUGCACCAAAACUGUUUGGGGACUCUCAGGCCAAACUACAACGAAUCUUAAAGCUGAUAUCUGGUGGAGGGCUUUCCAUUACUGGGUCACACAUCAUGUGUGGAGACUUCCUCUACAGCGGUCACACUGUUAUGCUGACCAUCACUUAUUUGUUCAUAAAGGAAUAUUCGCCACGUCGGUCAUGGUGGUAUUCAUGGUAUCUGUGGAUCUGCUGGCUUCUCAGUGCAGUUGGAAUUAUGUGCAUCCUAAUAGCCCAUGAACAUUACAGUGUGGAUGUUUUAGUGGCUUACUACAUUACAACAAGACUCUUCUGGUGGUACCAUACAAUGGCCAAUAUUCCAACCUUGAAAACCCCAUCACAGUCCAAUCAAUUUUCCCAUGUCUGGUGGUUCCAGGUUUUCCUCUUCCUUGAGAAGAACGUGCACACUUCAGUUCCUUGCUCCUACGUGUGGCCUCUCUCGUGGCCUCCAGGCUGCCUGAGGUUGCCGUGUUGGAGAUAUUCGAGGGUUCAGAAAUUGUGAAGAGCUCACAUGGACCGAGUAUUGUUUCCUACUCUGCAUGCAUCAGAAGAAAAUAAAGAUUAUCUUUGUAGUUUACAUUCAGUUCCAUCUAAUUAAUUAAAUAUUUUUCCCUACAAUCUGAAUAUAAGCUUAAGAAAUCUAAGGUAAGUGGGGAACUGAUGUUUUGCUAGUCCUGUUGGCCUGUCUAAUAUACAUUUAGCUUCAGCCUUAAUGUCCACAAGGCUGGAAUUUAGGUAAUUACUUGAAUCAUUUCUGAUGUGUUACUCGCAUAUAUAUGAAUCAGAAGGUAGGAUCUAGAACUACGUCUUGUCUGUGAUCUAGGAAACAGAGACUCAGAUUUACUGCAAAUGUAGUCCUACCAUAGUAGAUCAUGGCACUUGAAAGAAGGUAGGAGUACUAGCUAUCCUACUGAUUAUACUUUAUCAAAUCUAUGCAACCGAUUAUUUUGCACAUUGUUUGAGACACAACUGUGAACUUUGAAACACCAGCAUACCUGUUCCAUCUCUACAAAAAUUAGGAUUCCAUCAUUGCUGAUUAGUAGCUUCAAUGCUUGUAGCACAUACCAAAAACUUUGACCAAAAAUAACAGAAUGAGGGGACUCUUGGGAAAUCUUUCUCGUUUCAUUCUGAAAAUGUUACACCUUGCAGCAAGGAAAAUGAAGUCUGUGGGCUCCUCCCAGCAGAACAAUUUACAUGUAAAUUGCACCACGGAAUUUUUCAGUUCAGAGGAAGGAAACACAAUUGACUUUACUACCAUUGAGUGAGGAAAAGGUGAUGCCAGCAAGCAGAUUCCUGAUGCUUUUUGAGGACUGCAAGAGUACACUUGCAAAUACUAAACAGGCCAUUUGCUUUUAAAUGCUAACUAGUCAGAUUUAUAGCUGAAGUAAGCAUUGGACCAUGCUGCUUCAGGCCUGCCGGUGGACUGCUAUCUUAAUAUGGAAUCAAUGCUUUCAUUUGGGAGAUGAAACUGUGGGAACUGUUGGGUGUGAAGAAGUGUUUUUAGUUCAAUGGAGGUUAAUUCAAUCUGCAGUGAUUUUUUAAGCAAUCACCAUGCUGCUGAAAAUGAAGUUCAGAAGUAAUCCUUAAGUUAAUAUUCAACAUUUAAAUCCUGAGAGAAUUGCAAUUUUUUUUAUUUUUGGAGUUUAUUAUCUAGUGACCAGGAAAUUUUGAGAAAUAUUUUUAUGUUUGUCUGGAAUAUUUGUAGUCUUUCUUUUAUCAGCUAAAUUCCAUUCACUAAACUUUUCAUUUGCUACAACUUGUUUUAACCCAAAACACUUCGCAGAGUCAAAGUAAAAUGUGUGUAUAUUAUUUACAUUUUUAGCAACAGGGAACAAACACUUUGGAUCCAUUACAAAAAAUCAGUAAUGCAAAUAUUUUGAACCUAAAUAGAAUCAUUUAACUGAAUCAAUUCAUUAUCAUAUUACCAAAAUAUUCAUCCACAUGGCCUUUUUUUAAAGUAUAGUUCAUCCAUGCCAAAUCGUACUGGUGCCAAAUCUGUCAGAUGUGCUUACAAAGGAAAUCCUUUUUAUAGGUUCAGUACCCCUUUUCCGAAAUGCUUGAGGUUGGGAGAUUUUCAGAUUUUGGAAUAUAUAACGAGGUAGCUUGGGCUCAUCAUCAUUUCUGUCUCUGAAUUUAUGUGCUAAUGGCAAGCAGUCUUCUUCUUACACUUGUUCAUCAUACAUACAGUUGCAGCCAUUCAGUGUAUUUGGUUUUCAUCAGCAAUUAUCUUGGCAAGCUCAUCAAUGAUUUUUUCUGCUACAUGAUCAGCAGUUGCUUUAUCACCACAAUUCUUUAAAACAUUUAAUGUCUUGCCUUUUCUUAAAUUUCUUCAGACCAGCCUACUGAAUAUUCACAAUUAGCUUCAAUUUUCAGUUUGUCCUGAUAGAUCUUUGCUUGCUUUAUGAUCAGCACACCACUAAGCAGCAUAUGCUCACUUUGUAACUAAUGAUUCCACUCUUUCAAUUUAUAAUUGAGAUCUUAAUUUUUUUGCUUUAUGCAGUGUUUUUUCUGUUUUUCAUUAAUUUCUGUUCUUUGCAUAUGUGAAGUCACUUCUCAGAAAUGUCUGUGAUGUGUACAUCACCUCACAACUUUCACUGUGUUUUGUGGAAUUUGCCAUUUGUGUCGUGAUUUGGACUUUGGAAUUUCGGGUAAGGGGUACUCGACCUGUACAAUGUAAAAUAAACCUUCUUGUUGACCUCUGAGUCAGAAGCAACCAUUUUUGUAUGUGGAGGUGGCGGAAGGGUUGGUCCUCAGAAUGGAGAGGGGCAGUUGUUUCAUGGGCCUGCCCGGUCACUCAAGUGAAGGACCUGAGGGAACUCACUCCCUCUGCAUCUUGUCUCUUAAUUUCUCCUGAAGUAACAAAUGCACAGCAGCAUUCUGUUGGGAAGACCCACUCCAGGAACUGAUAAAACAACCUUUUGUUUAUCCUUAAUGCUGCACUUCCUAUGGGAGAAUCUUAUAGUGAUCUUCCGUCAAUUUAUGCAUCCAUUCUUCUGAGCCCAUCAGUCCUACUGGGGCACAGGUCACUGAUAGCAGCUUGUCAGAGUCCUCUGUCUUGGGCCAGUCUUUCAAACUGUCCUCAGAUGUAGACAAUCUUCGAAGAUCCUUUCUCUCCCAGUGAUGAGAUGUUUAGAGUUUCCAUCAGCGUUUCUGUAUCACUGGUUUUUAUAGGAUGGGGUUGCUAGCCCGAUGCCUAAAGAUCUUCCUUACACUGCCAGGUUUGGGACUGCCCAUGCCAGAAUUCUGCAUCCAUGGAGAUUAAAAAAUAAUAAGCUGCUAGAGGAACUCAACAACUCAGACGGCAUCAGUUUAAUGCUUAAGGUCAAGACCCAUCAGAGUCCUCUGCAGAUGAAGGGUUUUGACUGAAAGCAUCAACUGUCUAUUUCCCUCCACAGAUCUGCUAAUCCACUGAGUUCAUCCAGCAGCUUGGUGGUGUUUAUUCCAGGUUCCAGCAUCUGCUGUCUCUUGAGACAGCAGACUCUGGGGCUGUCUCUUUGCCCCAGAGUUAAUCUGCUGCAAAUACACUUACCGGCACGUCUCAGUUAACCUUUAUCUCAUUGGUCGGAAAAGACCUUUAGUUUGUAGCAUUUCAUCCUGCUGCAGUGAUGAGGAAAGAACUGACUACAUCCACCACCGACCAGUUUAAACUCUAAGCCAUCAUGAGAAAAGGAAAACUUAACGUUACAGUCAGUUCCCUUUUAAAUAAGGAAAAGUUAAAGAGACACAUUUCCUAUUUUAGGGAAUGCAGAUAAUCUGGGAGCCUUUGAGACUUGAUUUGAAACUUCUUAAAGAUUGCACAUUCUAUCGCUACACCUAAACGUUGUCCAGAAACCUUUGCAAAUCUAAAUUCAAAUUUUAUAUAUAAUUGAAUAAAUCUGCAAAGUUUUAUUGUGAAUACAAUCAUUAGUAUUUUGUGUUAUUCAAGCAUGCUGCUUUUGUAUUUGAGUAAUCUUUUAAAAUAAUCUCAUGCCUUGUAUUUUAGCCCUAAUUUUGUAUAUACAAACAGUAAAAAGAUGUAUUUCUAUCAAUAUGUGAUACACACUGUUGCAGUGAUUGCAUUUAAUUAGAGUUAAAUAUUUGAUUAUUAAAAAUGUAUUUUUCCUGUUAA